CCUGUAGUGUUUAUGGAGCUGAUGUGAUUUUUUGUUUUAUACUUUUUCUGAACAUGACGCCGUGCUUGCACUGCCUGCAGCCGGGAAAGGGAGAUCGAGGGGUAGCGACAGAGGGAUGGCCACUUCUGGAGAAACUCCUCCCUGAGGGAUACGCUCAUCUGGUGUGCUUUUAUCAUGAGACAGCUCAGACUCAGUUCAGGGCCCACAUGAAACUGAGGAUCACCUCAGAGGUUGAGGCUCGAAAAUGGCUGGAAGACUUUCAAACCUCUUCAGGAGUCACGUGGAGGAAGUCGAGAACAUAUCCCAACACUGGACGGUACAACGCCUACAGGGUAGACUUGAGAUGUCAGCACAACACAUGUCCAAAAAUUGUUGCGAAAAAGACCAAAAACACCUCAUGUGGCGCCACCAUGUUCUUAGUCCUGAAAAGGCACAUGCAAAACGAAGAGAGGAAAUCAAGGUCAAAAGACCCUCAUAUAAAGGAUGGCUACUUACUGAACAUAAACCUCAGACAUGAGCAUAACCACUGGCUGUCCCGGGACGAAGCUUCGCGUUACCGGGAUGUCUCCAGUGAGACCGUUGCCAAACUGAAGAUGCUUUUUGAGAGUGGCCACUCCCCCUCCACCGCGCUGCACAUGAUCAAGUUUGAUCUACAGGAGCAGGAAGGGGAGAAUUACGUCUACGCUGCUGCAGACCGCUCUGUUUGUCCUGACAUUCAGUUUUGUUACAGGCUUUAUCAGAAGCUUUUUCAAAGGCCCUACCGGUCUCCGUCAGGAGAGGAGAUGCUGGUGGAUAUCAGGGAUAGGCUGAACCAACACAACGCGCUACAAGGUGACUCUUGUGCAAAAAUGGAAAAGACUGAAGAUGGGCAUGUGGCUAUUGCCAUAUGCACUCCUGUCAUGAGAAGAACUCACACAAAGCUGAAGGAGAGUGGAGAAUUCAUCUAUGUGGCCUCAUUUGGAAGCAGCGAGCGCCACAACCAGUGCCUGUUUCUCCUUCUCACCUACUCUCCUGCCGGACCGCUGCCCCUCGGUGCGUUUAUCACGACUUCAAAGACCCAGUCGGCCGUAACCUUUGGCCUCCAGCUGCUGCUCACCCUGCUUCCCAGCAGGAGUUUCUACGGACGAGAGCAGCCGCAGGCGGUGAUGACAGAUGAGUGCAGAGUCCUGCGGCAGUCCCUCCAGGCAGUUUUCCCCGGCGCGAAGCUGCUCCUGUCUGCGUUCCACCAGCGGCAGGGCAUGUGGAGGUGGCUCUGGAGUUCCCACAGCGGUGUGGCUAAGGAAGACCGGGGACACCUCCUGGAGGCAUUUCAGAGCCUCAUCCAUGCCGGCUCGACGUCGGCACUGACGACGCAGUUCAACAUAUGUCUUGCUGACCCUCUGGCUGUGAAAUAUCCCAGGUUCCUCCAGCAGCUGGUCAAGGUGUACGGGAGACGUGGAGAGUGGGCCAUUUGUCUUCACGGUGAUCUUUCAGCAAGAGGAUAUGAUCUCAAUCAUUUUGUUGAAAGUGCUGUCAGACUGGCUAAAGAAAUGCUUCUCUACCGGUUGAGGACAUACAACGCCACCCAGGUGUUGGAUUUUGUCACCAGCAGGAUGGAGGCUUCCUUUGUUGACCGCCUUACUGACGUAGCGCUCAGUAGAACAGCUCAUCUCUUCAGGUCAAAGCUUUUCCUUCCUGAGAGUGACGUGGACGGCGACAAGAUUGAACAGGUGGACCAGAACCACUACGUGGUUAGAAGCACAACAUCUGAGUACGACGUCAACAUGACGUUAGGGUGCUGUACGUGUGCGGUCGGAGUCGCCGGUGCACUUUGCAAACACCAAAGCGCAGUUCUGAAUAAGUUUGGUCCUCCUGAGAUCGUCGCUAACGUCGUCACUCCACAGAUGAGAAAGGUCUAUCAUGAGAUUGCGACUGGUUUGGACAGUUCUCAGGAGAGCAUAAACGAGAGUCAUUCAGCCUCAAAGUCUAUUACAGCCAAUGAGGGGAAUAUUUUUGUGGAUUCAGGUGGCCUUCCCAAUGGAAACAUUGGUCCAGGACAAGGGCCACCUGGAGAGCACAUUGAGCAGAUGAUCCAGCAGUUCUGCCAAAGCCUCACAGAUAAACUCAGAAGUGACCCCCAGACCUUCACUGCGCCAAUUUGCACUUUUUUGGAAACAUCUCAGAAGCUGUGUGACAGCUCGCUGGCCUCCGCUCUGCUCUGCUUCGGUAAGGUGACACAGGAGAACUCCAUAAAUCUGCAGCCUUCACAAAUGAUUUCCUUACAACCAGCGGCUGCUGCUAAAAGAACGGCAGAGCCAGGAAAAUGCCAAAACAUUCUCUAUGUGCGACCUCUGAAGUGUCUGAGGAGGGAGCAGCCACCCUGAGGACAUCGGCACAAUGGAGGAAAAGUGUUUCUCUUUCUACUACAGUUCGUGAAAAGGAAAGCGCGUCUCAGCAGGAGUGCCAUAAGUGGCCAUCAUGCAUCACAGCAUCAUAAACGUUUCCUGAAGAUGGAUGCGCAAAUGCAAAACACCCCUGUCCCGCUCUCCUAUCCAGCUAUUUUUGUACACGUUUAAUGUCUGUAUUUCUUUUUUACAAACUUCACAGUUUUACACUUUUGAAUUGUAUAAAAUGUUUUGUUUCUACAAGAAAAGUGUAAUUAAUUUAGUAAUAUCAUAAUUUAACUAAAAGGUCGCGUGUGUCAACUCAACAGUUUGGUCAUAUGAUUCUUGCUAAUUUGAUUCACAUAAUAGAUAUUGCCUCAAAGACAUUGUGUCUUGUGGUGAGAUAAUUUUUCUGAAAGGGUAGUGAUCACCAAGUUUCAA